UACGUUGCACGGGCGUCAACAAACAAAGAAAAGAUUACGCCUUCCGCAAGAGAAAGGUCCAAGAACCAGCCAAGGUCAUAUCCACUUGCUACCCAACAAACAUCUCCAUCUCACUGCGCCAGUGGACUUCUCCGCCCACUGAUUCCACGCUCACCUUUCUCUCUAUAUCACUCUGCCUUCAGGAAACGUUAAGGACGCUCUGCUCUUGCUAAGAGCAUCUUUGGAUUGCGGAAUUGAUGGGUGGAAUACUUUCAAAACGAGCUAGUUCACGUCAGGCAUCAACUUCAUAUUCACGGAGCAAUCCACAGCCAUCAUAUGUGCAACCAAAUCAAGAAUUUAUGCCAUACCAACAGUAUACACCUGCACCUCCAAGUUAUGGUGGUCGUGCCCCAGAUUCAGAGAGGAGGUUGGAUAGAAAGUAUUCAAAGAUAGAUGAUAAUUACAAUAGUCUGGAGCAGGUCACUAAUGCGCUGGCACAAUCAGGAUUGGAGUCUUCAAAUCUCAUUGUGGGUAUUGAUUUCACGAAGAGCAAUGAGUGGACAGGUGCAAGGUCAUUUAACCGAAGAAGCCUACAUCAUAUUGGAGAUGAUCAGAAUCCUUAUGAACAAGCAAUAUCUAUCAUUGGAAAAACUUUGUCUUCCUUUGACGAGGAUAACUUAAUUCCCUGUUUUGGGUUUGGAGAUGCAUCAACACAUGAUCAAGAAGUAUUCAGUUUUUAUCCAGACGAGAGCUUUUGUAAUGGAUUUGAAGAAGUGUUAAGGCGAUAUAGAGAAUUGGUCCCUCAUCUACGACUUGCAGGGCCAACAUCAUUUGCACCUAUCAUUGAAAUGGCCAUUACUAUUGUUGAGCAAAGUGGCGGACAAUACCAUGUUUUAGUGAUAAUAGCUGAUGGACAGGUGACCAGAAGUGUUGAUACUCAGUAUGGCCAACUAAGUCCACAGGAAAAGAGAACUGUUGAAGCAAUUGUUAAAGCAAGUCAGUACUCUCUCUCAAUUAUAUUAGUUGGGGUUGGAGAUGGACCGUGGGAUAUGAUGAAGGAAUUUGAUGACAACAUACCUGCUCGUGCAUUUGACAAUUUCCAGUUCGUGAAUUUCACGGAAAUAAUGUCAAAGAACGUGGACCGAUCUAGAAAAGAAGCAGAGUUUGCCCUUGCAGCCUUGAUGGAGAUACCUUCUCAGUAUAAAGCGACACUAGAGCUUAAUAUAUUGGGUUCUACUAGAGGGAAGGCUAUAGAUAGGGUUUCCCUUCCUCCUCCUCAAUAUGGUGCAGCUUCAUUCAGCAACUCAAAACCUGCACGAUCAAGCAGUUUUCAUUCAAGUGCACCAUCUUCUGGUAGAUAUGAUGCAGCCAGUACAGCACCUCCUGCAAACUUUGCUUCUGAUAGUCAUCUUUGUCCUAUUUGCCUUACCAAUGCAAAGGAUAUGGCCUUUGGUUGUGGACAUCAGACAUGCUGUGAUUGUGGACAAGACCUCCAGUUAUGCCCCAUCUGCCGAAGCACCAUUCACACCAGGAUAAAGCUCUACUAAGAUGUGUUUAGACGAAAUAAAGAGCAUCAAUCAAGGCCCAACACAGGUCUUUGAUCUCUUCAGUCAGGAGGGUCUAAUCAAGUUGCAUGAUUAAAUUUAUGCUAGUAGAAAUAACGAGCGUAAAUCGAAGGCGCCACACUGGCUUGUUCUUGGAUCAAAGGUAACAAAUCUUUGAUCUCUUCAGAUGGAAGAGUUUUCUCCUGAUCUUGUUGUAAAAAAUUAUUAUCGUUCACAUUAUUAAAUGUGGAAUAUAUGGAAGGACAGUGUAUGCUGCUGGCUUCUAUCAGUGUUGCAAUACUGGCUUAAACAGUAGAUAAAGCUCAGUGUUUGCAUUGACUCGGUCAAUUUUCUGUGUGUAUAUAUAUGUUUGUUGCCAUUAACUGUUUGUCUGAUUCCUACAACUGUUAGAAACGCAAUGAGAUUACGUUAACACGCAUGGUUUUGAGAAUGUCCUGAAAUGGGAUUCGUCAUAACUGAUAAUCAAAAGUCAUCAACUCCAUUGAAUUGUUUUUCCCCUACAAGAGUAAAUUUGGGCUCCCAAUUGGAUUAAUUAGGUGACAUUGUCGUCAUCAUAAAUAAUGCAUAAUUGACUUGUGGAUUGGGAAAUUGAAUUCCAUUGAAGAAAGAUUAAAGUAGGACCACUAGUACUAUGAUUAGAGGAGAUACCUCCUCGUUGCUGUCAAAUUUACCACCAUUAGCAAGCCUACCAAAAAAUUCCAGCUCUCUUAAAUACACUCAGCUAGUUUUAGCACACUUGUCGUUUCCAUUAAAAACCAUAAAAGAAAGAAAUCGCAACAUCAUACAACUCCGUGAACAUAAAGAAAAGCAGAGGCGAUCUUUCUUUCCUUCAUAAACUCAUAUAAGCUUAAUUUCAUAAUGCAUCAGUAACAGUGCACAUCCCUCUCUGAAAUGGCUGCCAGAUUUCCAUAUCACAAGCUAAGGCGUGGAGGAUUCUGGGACGACGAGGACUCUCAUGAGGAAGAGAGAGCUUUUAGAAGGAUAAGAAACUUUUCCAGGUUCAGGGGAUUCAGCAUUAACAGGAGGCGUGUGAAGCUUCGGAUCCCAGGGUUGAGAAGGUUCUUGAGGAAGAGAGCAAGGUUUUUAACAAGGGCUAAAGCAUCCUGGGGUAAGGCUUUGAAGAGGCUGAAGAAUGGGCAAGCUCACAUGCACGAUCUUUUGUCUGGAAACUUUCUUGUGAUGCAGGUCAGCCCUUCUCCUUUCAAAUGCAGUGUUCAGAGACCUCACCCUAGCUUGCCUGCUUCAAGAUAUCCCCUCGAGCGGUUUGCUUGAUCUAGACUUAAGUCCCGUAAAAAUUCCAGUAAUGCUAUGCCUAGGAGUGAGAACCAUAAUCAAGAAGCUAAUCCAAGGAAAGAAGUUGGAGCUGUUGUUACUUGUUAGUUAGCUUAUCAGUAGCAGUCUGAGAAGUGAUAAAUAAAGGUAGUGACCCUGUCCUUUUUGUUCUAUCUUUAUCCUUCCUCUCCCAUCUCAAUUGUAUCAAUGGCCAUGCAGGUCAACUUGAAUAAUUUUUUCUUCGCCUC